UUCAGUUGUUUACUUUUUUACUUUGCGUGCAGCGGAAAACCGGGCCGAAUUCAACCGCUCGAAUUUUUUUUAUUAUUUUUUUUUCGCCACCCUUGCCGCCGCAUUUUGCCGCAAAUUGGUGUAAAUAGAAGAGAAGCAGCGAUUGGAAUGAAAGCGCGCGGUUUUUUUAGUGUGUGAAAAUGUAUCGAAAAUGAAAGAAGUGAAGAAGGCGCAAAGAGAGCUGCUAAAGAAGUGCGUGCCGAAAAAAAAGAGCGGCGAAAAGUGCCAAAAAUAAAAUAACAAAAAAGAAACGAAAAUCAAAAUUUAAUAAAACAGGCUGGGGAGAAGGGCGAUUGAAAAGGAAAAGAACGAACGAAGAGUGAGAGAGGCGAAAGCAACAGCAACAAGUGGGCGAAGAUGUGCAAAUGACAAAUUGGUCAAAACUCCGACUCCUGUUUCCCUCGCUCUCUCGCUCUCUCUCACGCACUCCCACUCGCUCACGCACACUCGCACGCACAACCCCUGCAUUGGCCAUCUCGCUCGCACGCGGCGAAAAGGGAAACGGGAACUGGAACAGGAAUCGAGAACAGCCGGCGGUCAAGUUCAAGUGGGAACGGAAACGGAAGGUGCAAGGAAAACAUGCGGAGACCGGUUACAGCUUUGAAUCGCAAUCACUACUUCGUCAUUGGCCUGCUCCUAGGCCUCCUGCUCAGCUGGCACAUUCCGCAGGACAUCUGGGAGGAGGAGUGCCCCGAGGAGGCCGCCGAGAAUCUGCUGAUCGAGCGAUUCGGCCAGGAGUUCGAGCCCCAUUUGAAUCUGAUCAACAAGCCGCUGGCGGCCAAAAAGCCGAUGAGGAAAUUUAUCCGACAUCGCGCUUUAUUUUCGGUGAAGAAUGUGAUUCGACCGCGCUAUUACUCCUCGGAGCUGGGCAUCCGCGAGAAGCUCUUCAUCGGGGUGAUGACCUCGCAGGAGCACAUCAACACCUUUGCGACGGCCUUCAAUCGCACCACCGCCCACCUGGUCAACAAGAUCAAGUUCUUCAUUUACGCGGACAGUGUGAAGACCAACUACAAGCUGAAGAACAUCGUUGGAUUCACGGACACGCGCGAGAGCCGGCGACCGUUCCACGUGGUCAAGUACAUUGCGGACAACUAUCUGGAUGAGUACGACUACUUUCUGCUGGUGCCCGACACCGUCUACGUGGAUGCCCGCAAGCUGGUGAAGCUGCUCUACCACAUGAGCAUCACCUUUGACCUGUACAUGGGUGGCGCUCGCAUCGGUCUCGAUCCUCCAGGUGGCGGCGGCGGCGGCGGCGCCAGUGCCUCCAUCGAUGGUGGCGAUGGCCAGUCGAACGAGCCGCCGGCGAAUGAGGAUGAGGCUCCCGGGGCCAGUGAUCGCAACUACUGUUCGCUGGAGGCGGGCAUCCUGCUCAGCAGCAGCGUCAUCCGCAAGAUGCGCAACAAUCUGGAGCGCUGCGUCCGGAUCGGUAGCACCAGUGACCACAGUGUCAACAUCGGGCGUUGCGUCAAGUACGCCAGUCGGGUGGCCGGCUGCCAGGAGAGCUUCCAGGGCAUGCGGCAAUUUAGCUACGCCUUGGAUGCGCCGGGCCGCCGUCAUCGCGAAUUCAGCGAACUGGCCAAGGAGGAGGCCUUCCGCAAUGCCAGCACCGUGUAUCCCGUCCAAACGCCGGAGGACUUCUACCGCCUGCAUGCCUACUACUCCAAGCACCACCUGGAGAAGGUGCAGGAGCGGGGCUAUGCUCUGGAGCAGAAGUCGUACCGGAUUGCCAAUGGGAGCAUAUCGAACAAGAUACUGGAGAUCCGGUGGCCGCUGGGCGUGCCGCCGCCCAGUGCGCCGGAGACGCGCCACGACAUCCUCACGUGGCAGCUGCUCAAUGGGACGCACAGCUUCCUGCCCAAUGGGAAUGCGGAGCACGCGUUGGCGACGCUGUCGCGGAUCGAGGCACAGGACUUUGCCAAGGUCCUGGAGAUAGCACUGCAGUAUGCGGCCCUCAAGCAUCCGCGCCUGAGCUACCACAGCCUGCACAGUGCCUAUCGGAAGUUCGAUGCCACACGUGGCAUGGACUACCAGCUGCAUCUCAAUCUGCAGGAGGGAUCGGGUCGCAGUCGCCGACUUGUGGUCAAGAGCUUUGAGGUGGUGAAGCCAUUGGGUCGCGUCGAGGUGGUACCCUCGCCCUACGUCACCGAGAGCACCAGAAUUGCCAUGUUGGUGCCCGCCUUCGAGCACCAGGUGCCGGAUGCUCUGCUGUUUGUGGAACAGUACGAAAGGAUUUGCAUGCAAAACCAGGACAAUACCUUCCUGCUGCUGAUCUUCAUGUACCGCCUGGACUCGCCCAGCAAGGGCGACGAGGAUCCCUUCAAGGCAUUGAAGACGCUGGCCCUGGACUUGUCCUCAAAGUACAAAACGGAUGGCUCCCGCAUCGCCUGGGUGUCCAUCCGUCUGCCGGAGCAGCUAAGCGAGCCGGUGAAUUCGCAGGACUGGCUGCUGCACGCCUCCAUGUAUGGACCACGCCAGCUGCUCAGCCUGGUGGUUGCGGAUCUGGCACUGCCCAAGCUGGGCCUCGAAUCCCUCGUGCUCCUGGCCACUCCCGGCAUGGUCUUCAAGGCGGACUUUCUGAACCGCGUGCGCAUGAAUACGAUACAGGGCUUCCAGGUGUACGCCCCCAUUGGCUUCCAGAUGUAUCCGUGCCGCUGGGCGCAGUUCUGUCGGGAGUGCGACACCUGCGACGUGAGUCAGAGCAGCGGCUACUUCGAUCGCCACAACCACGACGUGAUCGCUUUCUACAGCCGGGACUAUGUCCAGGCGCGCAAGCUGCUGCAUCCGCAGGGGCUGCCGAUCAUACGCAGCGACCUGGACAUCGAUCAGUUGCUGCUGCAGCCGGGCGAGGAGACGCGACCGCCGGGCGUGGAAAGUAUCCUCGACAUGUUCGUGGCGGCACAGCACUCGGUGCAUAUACUGCGCGGCGUGGAGCCGAAUCUGCGCUUCGGCCAGGAUGUGCGGAACCACUUGGCGCGCGGUGGAACGCUGCCGCAGAGCGUGCCGGAACGCUGCGGUCGGGAGCAGUGCAUCCAUUUGGCGUCGCGCAAACAGAUCGGCGACGCCAUUAUUCGCUACGAGGACAAAAGUAUUCAACACAAAUAGUUGGUUGUAGUCCGAAGGCUCCUUUCCAGCGCCAGCGCCAGCUCCAGCUUCAGCUCCUGCCUGUAAUAUCAUCAGUUCCUUUUUAAGAUAUUCCCAUGUGUACAUGACCGUGUGACUGAGCAGAAUGAAUGAAUGUGAUUCCGCCCCCCGGUGUGUGCAACUCUUAUACUCGCACCCAAGGCUUAAAGUAAAUCCUAUUUAGAAUGAAAUGAUGGUGGGGACUGGGACCAUCCAAGUAUAAGACCUGCAGCGGACCUAUCUCAAACCGAACUUAGUGUUUAGGCCUAGGCGAUUGCCGUUGUUGCUUGCUUUAAAGUGAAACUUUUAAUGCUCAAAAUGGUAGACAGCAAUUAGUUAGUUAGUUAGUAAUUAACUUAGCAUAGUUUUUAGCUGCCAAAACUCGUAGGACAAAUGUACGACACUUGUUCGAGCCAUUCAACAGACAUUCGAUUUUCGCAUGUAAAUACUUAGCAUAUACGCCACACAUAUCUCUAUUAACGAUUCCUAGUAAGUUACGCAGGCACCAUUGCACCAUUGCAGCAUUGCACCAUUGACUCCUAUUUAAACGACUAGUUAAGCUAAGUGUUAUACUACUAGAAACUAAGUGAAACGAACGAUGUGGCUGUACGACAAAUAACCAGAUGCCGCCUUGCCUCAAAGUGUUACAAUCCCCUCAAAUGGGCUCUCUCAAUAAACGGUGUGCCAAAAAGGGAACUACUGUAGAAAAAAAAAAACUGGUCUAAACUGGGGAGUGCUUACUAUUAACUAUGUUCCUCUUUACAAAGUUAAAGCUUAUAUCUUAGUAUCGGCUAAGUGAAAAUAUAAAACAUAAUUCUGUCGAAAAUUUGCCGUCAAAAUAACAAUCGAAAAGUAUUGCUAAUUGUCAGGGUUUUUGUGGCAACGAAUGCAAAAAACCAAAACCCAUUGUAAAUAAUAAAUUAUAUUAUUAAGUGCUUGCCAGUUUCGCUUAGCCGAUGUCCAUUGUUAGUGUCUACAUGUCAUUCAUUUGACCAUUUGCCAGCACAUCAGUUUUAGCAUCGAAUAAGAAGUCUGCCAGUCAAAUUCUUAUCAUUACGAUUACGAGGGGAAAUCCGAUUAAUUUAUUACAAAAUUUAUUAGCUAUAUGUAUGUACACUCGUCAGGUGUUAAGGUUAACCCUCUACCCCAACUUUUUUUACAUUUAGUCAUAGUGUACAACUACUGUAUGUGUACUGUUUACGUGUAGGCAUUGUUGUUAUUUGCAGAAUAAAACAAAUUAUGAAUGUGCAUAUGUACAAUAA